AUGACCUUUGAUUAGCAUGCUAACGAUACCCGUACUGAUAACACGUUCAAUCCCCCAGAUAACAGGAUAGGAGCUAAAUACACUAGUAAUAAUAAACGCAAACUCCCAAACACAGGUUGGAUAAAACAACAAAAUGACUGAGGCCAGCGUUGUCCCCGAUGACUUUUGUGCAGAACCAAUAUCAUUACAAUCCCCGGAACAGAAAAUAUUUGACGGAAAGCCGUUCCCGCUCAUUCUGCGGCCGCUAAUCGAGAGUGGACCAAAAAGCAACGAGGCAGCGACCGCUUGGGUGAGAGAAAAACGGGAAGUGAUCGAAUCACUGCUGUUAAAUCACGGCGCUGUUCUGUUUCGUGGGUUUCCGGUCAACUCUCCGGAAGAUUUCGACUCCUUUGUGAUGUCGUUUUCGUACGAGGCGCUGCCCUAUGUGGGCGGAGCGGCGCCUAGGCGCGUGGUCACCGGAAACGUGUUCACCGCCAACGAGGCGCCACCGGAUCAAUUAAUACCUUUCCACCAUGAGAUGGCGCAGGUGCCCACUUUCCCGUCAGUCUUGUUUUUCUACUGCGACAAUCCUCCGGCAGAAGGCGGCCAGACGCCCCUGGUGAUCUCGACCGAGGUCUACAAGGCGAUGCGUGCACGCGAUGGCAUGUUUGUCGAUGCUCUAGAGGAGAAAGGCGUGGUAUACAACCGAGUGUUGCCGGAUGGCGAUGACGAGAAGUCGCCCAUCGGUCGCGGGUGGCAAUCCACUUACCAGACCACGAGCCGGGAAGAAGCGGAAUCCAAAUGCAAGGAACAAGGAACGAAAAUCGAGUGGUUACCCAACGGCUGCCUGCGCACACAGACUAAGGUACUUCCGGCAGUCAGGGUGGACGCGCGCACCGACAAGAAAACCUGGUUUAAUUCAAUAAUCGCCGCAUACCUCGGCUGGAGCGACGUGAGGAACGACCGGAAGUUAGCUGUCACGUUUCCAGAUGGAACUCCGAUGCCCGAGGAAUCGAUGCAAACCUUAAACGAAGUCUUCGAAGAAUUGGCUAUUGACUUCCGGUGGGAGAAGGGUGACGUCGUCAUGAUUGAUAACAGACAAGUCCUUCACGGGCGCCGCUCUUUCACUCCGCCGAGACGAAUUCUGGCUGCGCUGUGUAAAUAACUUCCACAGGACGUCACUGUUCCUGUUUUUAUUGGAAUUGUCUUAGAAACUGUUGACAGUAUAGGAAAUCGACAUAUGUAUUAUAUAUCAUCUGUUAAAAAAAAUACAUAAAAUUGCGUGUAAAUGAGCCAUGUAGCAUAUCUGGCAUACCAAUAUUUCAUUAUUUGUAAAGACUGUUUUUUAUAUGAGUGGUCAUUCAAGAAAUCGAUAAAGUAUAAAGUGGUUAGGCUAAUAGAGCAUUAAACUAUUGAAUAAAGUAGAAACACGAAUAUUUUUUUUUGUAAUUAUAGUUAUCACAGGUGGUUAGCGUGUGGCUAUGAUAUAUAUUAGUGAAAACAUCAUUUUGAAUGAUAAGAAAUCAUAUUAUAACGAAAAAUAAACUUUUCUGAAAAAAAAAUCUUUAUCAAAUAUAUAGUUAUACAAAUUUUUGAUAGUGAUUUUUUUCUUUUCAGAAAAGUUUAUUUUUCGUUAUAAUAUGAUUAUUUAUCAUUCAAAAUGAUGUUUUCACUAAUUAAUAUCAUAGCCACACGCUAACCACCUGUGAUAGUAAUUACAUAAUAUUUUUUCUUUAUACAAUAUUUGUGCAGUUACUUAGUUUUAUCAAUGUCACUUUGCUUAUCGGCUAAUAAGCACCAACUUGGAGUUUUGAAGAGUAAAGAAAUAAACCAGGAUGACGUUAAAUCAAGUUGUUUAGUAGCCACCUAUCGGAAUGACGCAAUCGUUGUUUGGUUACCGAUAAAGAACGAUAAUGCGAAAUUUAUUUUUAUGCUAACGUGAUUUCAUUAAUGUUUUGGGCAACAUUACACGUAGAGCUGCCAAUAAACAUCUUUAAAAAGUAGUUCAGAAGCACUGUUAAAGAUGUCAUUGAUAUUGAAUAAUAAAGAAUAAUUUAAAAUAGAAUACUUUGUCAUUUCAAGUAGUAAGUGUUUGCAGUUCUUUUUGAAUGUACUAAUAAAAGUUGUCUGUCAUAUAUAUAUUUUGGAAUAAAAUUUCACAUAUUUA